AUGGAGUUUAUAAUGAAGAAAAAAGAAUAUGAUGAUAAUAGUGAAAAUAAGGAUAGCAAAAAUGAAAAUAGUGAAAAUGAGAAAGUACAAGACAGGUUCAGUUUUCAUAAACAAAGAUGUGUUAUAGAUUCUAAUGAUAAUACAAUAAUAAGGCGACACACAUAUGAAUAUUCAUAUGCCUAUUUGCAUGAAUCUGAAAAAGCUAUUCUUGCAGAAAAUAGAAGAGACAAAAAUUUGGAAAUGAUUGAUUGUUCUUGGCACAUUAAUUUAAUAUUUCCUAAAACAGCAGAAGGCAUUCAUAUUAACAGUAUAGUAGGUAGCUAUAAUCAUGAAAUGAACUCACUUAUUUCAGAAAUAGCACUAUGGUAUUGA